GCCAAAGCAGCUGGUGAGCGGCCGGGAACCCGACCGGGGCGGGACACGAAGCGAACGCGGCAUGGCGAGGGCGGGGUGGGGCUCGCUCUUCGGCUGCUUCGGCUCCUCCUCCCACGGGAGCAAGAGCAAGAGGAGCAGCAGGAAGAAGAAGAAGAAGAGCAAGCAGCCCAAGGUGGCGGCGGCGGCGGGUGGGAGCGGCAGCGGGAGCGGGAAGCCGAGGUCGCUGCAGAGCCGGCUGUCGUUCACGGAGCUGAGCGGGAUGGUGUCGCCCGAGGACCUGUCGCUCUCGCUCGUCGGCUCCAACCUCCACGUCUUCAGCAUCGCCGAGCUCCGCGCCGUCACCCGGGACUUCUCCAUGACCAACUUCAUCGGCGAGGGCGGGUUCGGCCCCGUCUACAAGGGCUACGUCGACGACAAGACCAAGCCGGGACUGCGCGCGCAGCCCGUCGCCGUCAAGCUGCUCGACCUCGAGGGCGGCCAGGGGCACACCGAAUGGCUGACCGAAGUCAUCUUCCUGGGGCAGCUGCGGCACCCUCACCUCGCGAAAUUGAUCGGCUACUGCUACGAGGAAGAGCACAGGCUGCUCGUCUACGAGUUCAUGACCAGGGGCAGCCUGGAGAAACAUCUCUUCAAAAAGUACGCGGCGUCGUUGCCAUGGUCAACACGGCUGAAGAUCGCCAUUGGCGCUGCCAAAGGGUUGGCCUUCCUCCAUGAAGCCGAGAAGCCGGUCAUCUACCGGGACUUCAAGACCUCCAACAUCCUGCUCGACUCGGAUUACAAGGCCAAGCUGUCGGAUUUCGGGCUCGCCAAGGACGGGCCGGAGGACGACGAGACGCACGUCUCGACGCGAGUCAUGGGCACGCAGGGCUACGCCGCGCCGGAGUACAUCAUGACCGGCCACCUGACGGCGAAGAGCGACGUGUACGGCUUCGGCGUGGUGCUGCUGGAGCUGCUGACGGGGCGGCGGUCGGUGGACAAGAGCCGGCCGCCGCGGGAGCAGAGCCUGGUGGAGUGGGCCCGGCCCUACCUGACGGACGCGCGGCGGCUGGACCGCGUCAUGGACCCCAACCUGGCGGGCCAGUACUCGGCCCGCGCCGCGCAGAAGGCCGCCGCGGUGGCGCACCAGUGCGUCAGCCUCAACCCAAAGUCCCGCCCCCACAUGUCCGCCGUCGUCGACGCGCUCGAGCCGCUCCUCGCGCUCGACGACUGCCCCGUCGGGCCCUUCGUCUACGUCGCGCCGCCGGAGGAUAACAGCAACAACGACAAGGGGAGCUCCGGCAGACGAGGCCGGAGGAAGUCCAGCGAUGGUGCGGCGGCGGCUGUCGUGCGGCCGGAGUAGCUAGCUAGGGAGAAAUCCAUGGAAGUGCAGCAGAUGAUUUGGGUUUGCAUUGCUCGCCCCUCCUCCUGUCUCUGGAUUGUUGCAGCUGGCUGAGCUACCGAUCAAGCAGCGCUAGUGGGUCGGUGUAACACGUAAUCGAAGCAGGUUGAGUUUGGCAUGAAGAUGGAGUACCUCCAAGAGGGGUUUUGAAGAGCGUGCACUGUACAUAGGAUAGGAGUAGAGUAUAUCACACUUACAUGUUCACUUUUGUCAGGGUUUGGGGAGAUAUGGCUAUGGAUGAUGGAGUAUAAAAUAGUUAAAUAUAUAGUGGAAAAAAUAAUGUUGGAGGAGUUGAGGCCCACUCCGAUCCAAGUGUACUGACAUAUUCCUUCCACUUUUGUAUGUAUGGUCCAGAAGCUAGUAUGGGCCUAGUUUGUCUCA